CACAGGAAUAAAAAUAUAUGCAAAUGACCGACGCAAGUUACAAAUACUCCUCUGUGAGUGACUCAGUGUUGCUCUGUGCUGCAGUGUGUCAGUGUGUGUGUUUGUGCGACAACAGUCGGUCAUGAAGAUCCUGGUGCUGCUGCUGGCCCUCCUCACAGUCUCUGAAUGUGAGAGGAGAGUCACUGGACGAAGAGGUCAGAACCUCACUCUGCCCUGUAAUUACGACAUAAAAACCAACGGACCUACAGAGGUGUGCUGGGGUCGAGGUCCUGUUCCUACCAGCGGCUGCAGUGACCAGCUCCUCGUCACAGACGGAUACAAUGUGAUAGAAGAAACCAGAGUUUCCAGCAGGUAUCAGCUGAAGGGACGACUGGAUGAAGGAGACGUUUCUCUCACCAUCCUGAACGCCACAGAGGAAGAUACUGGACUGUACGGAUGCAGAGUGCAGAUUUCUGGACCGUUCAAUGAUGAGAAACAUCAUGUCAACUUGACUGUGAAAAGAGGCUCUGACUGCGAGGAUGAUAGAAUCGUGGCGCACGUUGGGCAGGAGAUCACUCUGCCCUGCAGAUACGACAGUAGCACCAACGGAGAGAUACCGGUGUGCUGGGGCCGAGGAGAGAUCCCUCUCUUUGGUUGUAGGGAUGAGCUCCUCGCCACAGAUGGAACCAGUGUGAAGGAAGAAAGCAGAGCUUCCAGCAGGUAUCAGCUGCUGGGGCGUCUGGAUAAAGGAGACGUUUCUCUGACCAUCCGGGACGUCAGGGAGGAAGAUGCUGGAAUGUACGGAUGCAGAGUGAAGAUCCCUGGGAUGUUCAAUGAUGAAAAAUAUUAUGUGGAUCUGUCAGUGGUUAAAGGUCCACCUUUGACUAUUCAACAAACACAACGGGGCAGCCGCACAAACUGCAGAAACCGCAAGAGAAGGUGAAGAAUGACGAAGAAGAUGACCACUGCUGUAAAACCAGCAGGAAGGAUGAACAACUGCAGAGAAGGUUCUGUUUCUCAUCUAAAUAAAGGUCGCAAUCCAGACUC